AAAAAAACAUUCAAUACUUUAUUUUCAAAAGUGCCGCAACGGCGGCAAUGAAUUGCAUUAUCGCAGGGGUCGGCUACUUGUGUUUGCGGCUAUACAAUUGAAAGUAUAUCAUUUAUUACACUGUAUGCCGCCGGUUUUGUACAAAACUUGUAUUGGAGGAAUGUGCCAGAUAAGAUAACUUUCAAGAGGAAGGUUCAACAAUUCCAAAGCGACACGCCUAUGCUCACUCGCCCGACAACUAUCGUCCGUGCAGUUGACCCACGCGAGAAGACUUUUUUUUAUUGCAUUCUGCGAGACGCCGUCAGUCGACAAUAAAUAUGGCACUCCCAUCAACGUUACAGAAGCUUUUCAAGCACAUCGAUAGCAACAAGACAAGGUACAUAGACAACCUGCGACAAGUAGUUGCAAUCAAAUCCGUGUCUGCUUGGCCAGAGAGUAGAGAUGAGAUCAUCAAGAUGAUGAAGUGGGCGGAAACCAAGUUCAAACAGCUUGGAGCUACCACUGAAUUGGCUGACCUUGGCACCCAGAAGUUGCCUAAUGGAAAGGAGAUCCCGCUGCCACCUGCUCUACUUGGAACUUUAGGCACCGACCCUAAGAAGAAGACUGUACUCAUCUAUGGACACUUGGAUGUUCAACCAGCUCUGAAGGAAGAUGGCUGGGACACUGAGCCUUUUGAGCUUGUUGAGAAGGAUGAGAAGCUGUAUGGCAGAGGAAGUACUGAUGAUAAAGGACCAGUUCUAUGUUGGCUACAUGCCCUUCAGGGAUACCAGGCCCUUGGAGAAGAUAUUCCUGUCAAUGUCAAGUUUGUGUUUGAAGGAAUGGAAGAAAGUGGAAGUGAAGGUCUUGAUGAACUUCUUUGGUCUCGCAAAGACUCAUUUCUAAAGGGAGUUGACUACGUUUGCAUAUCUGACAACUACUGGCUUGGAACUACCAAACCUUGCAUUACUUAUGGUCUCCGUGGAAUAUGCUACUUCCAUGUUCAAGUAUCUUGUGCAUCAAGAGAUUUGCACAGUGGAACCUUUGGUGGAACUGUCCAUGAAGCCAUGGCUGAUCUCAUUUAUCUGAUGAACACUCUGGUUGAUGUCAAUGGCAAAGUUUUAGUUGAUGGAAUCUAUGAUAGUGUUGCUAAAGUAACUGCAGAAGAGCUGAAAAUGUAUGACAACAUUGAGUUUGAUGUUAAUGAGUACAGAGACACCUGUGGAACCACAAGGUUGGCUCACAAUGAGGACAAGAAACAACUUCUGAUGCACCGCUGGAGGAACCCGACCCUCUCUCUUCACGGUAUUGAAGGAGCCUUCUACGAGCCUGGCGAGAAGACCGUAAUCCCUGGAACGGUGAUCGGCAAGUUCUCCUUGAGAAUAGUUCCGGAUAUGACUCCCGAAGAAGUCGAGAAGAAGGUCGUUGCGUACAUCCAGAAGCAAUGGCAAGCUCGUGGUAGCCCUAACAAGAUGAAGGUCUCCAUGUGCCAUGCCGGUCGACCUUGGUCAUCAAACCCAGACCAUCCUCAUUACGUCGCCGCGAGGAUAGCAACGAAAUACGUCUACAACGUAGAUCCCGACUGUACACGCGAGGGAGGUUCCAUCCCCGUAACUCUAACUUUCCAGGAAGUCACCGGCAAGAACGUAUUGCUCUUGCCAGUUGGCUGUGGAGACGACGGUGCUCAUUCGCAGAACGAAAAGUUGAACGUUCGCAAUUACAUCGAAGGAACGAAACUGCUUGGCGCCUACCUGUACGAAGUUUCUCAAAUUUAAAUGCUCAUUAUAACUUUUAUCCUGCACAAGAACGUUUUGUGAUAAAAAAAGAUCAUUACUAAUGUCAGGUACAAGCAUUUAUAACGUACUGAGUUUAUCUAUGUAUUAAGAAGUUUUAUGAAUUAUAUUAUAUCCCAUUUUCAAUAUAUAAAAAUUUAUAUUUUGUACUGAUUGUGUACAGAUUUUUUAUGAGAAAUAUAAAAUAAUUGAUUACAUAA